UGUCAAUUCCCCCCUAGAGCUGUCUUAGGGGAAACACGACCAAGCCAACCACAGCUUUCCCGAACGACGUCCUAGAAGGCUCGAUGAUCAUCAGUAAGACUGACGUUCUUGAUAGGAUGGCAUCUACCCGGGCAAGUACACGUACCAGGACAACGUCCCCGUCGAGAAGAUGGCCGAGGUGUGCAUGGAGAACUAUGACAAAGCCUUCGGUUCGAUCGCACAGGCGGGCGACAUUCUUGUGUCCGGCUUCAACUUUGGCUGCGGCAGCUCCCGCGAGCAGGCCGCCACCGCAAUCCUGGCCAAGAAGAUCCCGCUCGUCGUAGCGGGCAGCUUCGGCAACAUCUUUAGCCGGAACAGCAUCAACAACGCGCUUAUGGGCGUCGAGGUACCGCGACUCGUGCAGAGGCUGCGCGAGACGUUUGGUGGCAAGGACGGAGAGAAGACACUGACGAGGCGCACCGGCUGGAAGCUGGUGUGGGAUGUCAGGCGGAGCAAGGUAACCGUUACGGAGGGCGAAGGGGGCAAGACCUGGAGCCAGAAGGUUGGCGAGCUGCCACCGAAUGUGCAGGAGAUCAUUGCGCGGGGCGGGUUGGAGAACUGGGUGAAGAGCCAAAUCGCGGAGGCAUAAAGAGGCCGUGGGCAGUAGAUGGUAUCGUCGUGCCUGUUGUUUGCUGGUGAUCUGAUACCACGUUUAUAGGGGUGCAUAAGCCUCA